UAUCAACAAAAACAAUGGAGGUGGAAGUGAAUAAUACUGUAGAAUUUUCAAAUACCGAUAUAAAACCCAGUAUAUUUUGUAAAUAUUGUCUGAAUCCUGAAAACAAACAAGAUAAUCCGGGGCUGAGAUGUGAGAAUUGCAACAGUUUCGUCCACUUAACCUGCUUACGCCGGCCGGGAACGCCAGGCGACUUUGCAUGCGAUGUAUUCUUUGAAUUUGUUUGUGCUGAAUGUUCAGGAAAUAACGAAGAGGUUUUUGAAAGAAAAAGAUUUCAAUGGGUGAAUGUGUUGCUGCUCACCCUUCAUCACCUCAGUAUACAGUCGUACGGCAUCAGUAACAAUGGUUUCUUCCACUACAAAACACAUAUCUGCUCCUUCAUUGACAGAAACUGGGUUCUAUUGUUCGGAACACAUUUCAAACAAAAGAAGAGUUGGGUUGGUACAAUAGCUGGAGCCCUAUCAGUGUAUAACAAUACAUUCUUCAUGUCGGGUUCUGUUGCACUGGGAGAGACGGGCUGGUGGCGUCUGUUGCAUUCCUUCUCACCAGCUGUAGCUGCACAUAUAAAUCUGGAGCUAUCUAAAGAGAAAAUCAAGGGACGACCACGGAAUUACUUGAAUGUUGAUAAAAGACUUUUUUUCACCAAAGCUGCUGAAUUAGGCUAUAAGGAUUUAAUAAAGGACAUAGGUGACCAGCCUCCGUGUAAGAAGAUGCGCUUGGACUCCGAGUGUGAGCCCUCCACCAGCCAGGAAUUUGCCUAUGAUGUCGACAGGGAGGAAGUUGUUGAAGAUGUGACCACAGAGGGGCAAGAUAUUUGUCUGAACUCCGAAGAUGCCUUAUAUCUGGGCUACCCCUACGAUACCGUAAGACCCCAGAUUAGCCAGAGCGAUACUUCAAGCAUCCACUCGCUGCAGCAGUCGGGGCACAACUACGACUCUGACUCGCGCAGCUCCCCACAACACCUCGAGCCCCCCACCUCUGACGACUACGAGGACAGGACGCGUCCAGAACUCAAGAAACCUCCCAACGAAAAGACCAAGAAACAAGAAGAGGCACCGAUCCUAAGAAGAGAAUCUCUCUUCUCCACACAACUCAACUCCAUAGACAUGCCGUGGUUGGAGCCGGACCCCCCGCCGGCGCCCGACCUGGUGGAGGUAUCGGAGUACGAGGAGAUCCAACUGCUGAAGCGAGUCGAGAACCUUAUUCCUAAGGUCAAGGAUUCAAACAAGAAAGCCCAUUUACACAGGUUCAGAGCGAAGCUGGCUCUCAGGAGACUGAAGAGACAUAAGCAUCUGCCCAUCUUUGACCUUGACAAAACGGCGCGUUUGCUGCGCGGCUACAUAGCUGACGAUCCCAAAGUUUUAAUGAACGCCGAGAGAAUUUUAGAUCGCUUCCAGAGAUCGUACUUGCUGGACAACCUGAGCGGCACGGUGGCGAGCCAGCAGCGCGGGGCGGCGCUGGUGUCGCGGUGGGAGGCGGCACCCUUCCGCUCCGCCUACUCGGGCACGUUACUCCGCCCCUACAUUCGCCGCGACACCAGCGCCCGCCCGCUCUGGCUGCGGCUUACCGAUGAACUACUCACCAGAACACAUCGUGGGGAGGUGGGGUACGUGCCGCGAGCGCCGGCCAGCCUGGACUAUUGCUACGUUCGCCCGCAGCACAUCGCGCCUGUCAACGCGCUGCUCGCACAGUUCUUCUGGCCCGGCAUCGAUAUGACGGAGGCGCUGCAGCACCCUGAGUUCAGCUGCGUGGUGACGUACCGCCGGCUGGUGGUGGGCUGCGCCUUCCUGGUGCCGGACGCGGGACACAACGAGGCAUACAUCUCCUUCAUACUGACGCGCCCCGAGUGGAGGAACGCCAAGAUUGCCACCUUCAUGUUGUAUCAUCUCUUACAGACUUGUACGGGCAAAGAUGUAACUUUGCAUGUCUCGCCGACCAACCCUGCUAUUUUCCUCUACCAGAAGUUUGGUUUUAAGGUCGAGGAGUUGAUACAAGAUUUCUACGAGAAAUACUACGACAUCGAUUACAAAGGAUGCCGGCACGCGCUAUUUUUAAGACUAGUCAGAUAAAUAUACACUAUCAAUACUG